CCCGAACCAACAAAGGCUCGUCUUGGUGACGUAAAAAUGACCAGAGAACAGAUCAUGGCCUUGCUGAACAAAACCUCUACUCAUGAAGCUGAGUUACGUUCGGUCGAUCAAGAACGAGAGCUUACAUAUUUCAAAGUGAUGGAAUGCAAGGAACGAAAUGAGAAACGUUUAAGCGAGAUCAUGGAGCUAAAGGACUGCAAAGUGAUCACCUGCAAGAAGUGUGAUUAUACUUGGCAUGCGCAGUCGGAUUUGUGCAAGCAGAAGGGACACAAGGUGACGCAUCACGUGGCAACGAAGCGGUUUUUCAGGUGUCGCGAAUGUUACACGCGAUUCGUUCUUUAUCAGCCGUAUCCGACGAAACCCUGCAGCAAUUGCAGAUCGACGAAUAUCGUCAGAGUAUCGAUGAAGGAGGAAAGAAAGGGUCUGAAAACGCCAUGUGAAAAUAUGAAAGCUCUUGCUGUAGGUCCGUUUAAAGAGGCAGACAUUUAA